AUGGGAACCAGACCGGAUCCCAAAAGUCACACCUGGACCGCUGGAGCCAUCGGCGAUAUCCUGACCACAAGUUCCAAGAUGCUCAAGUGCAAAGCCAACAGCGACAUCUUCAACGUUGUCGUUCCUGAAGGUCUUCUCUGCUACUUCUCACGCUACUACGCUGCUCUUCUGAGAGGAAACUUUGCCGAAGCUGGACAGGACAGUGUCACUUUUGAGUUGACUGCACCUCAAGCAAAGUCAUUCAUCACCUGGCUGUACUCUGGACGCUUCGCCGAAGACCUUGACUACCCGACUCUCUUCCAGCUCUACAUCUUCGCAGACAAAACGGACGUACCAGCUCUUCGAGCGGACAUCAUGACCCACAUCCACAAGCGCAGUCACAAGAAAGGUAUGCCACCCUAUGGGGAUGCGGCAGAGGCUUUCGCCGUGCUUUCAAAAAGCUCUGGCCUCGUACGUUGGAUGGUAGACCGGUUCGCGCAUCAUUCUGGGACCUUCGAUCUCUACUCAGAGUUCGACAACCACAUAAGGAGUGCAUGCAACAACACCUAUGAGUAUACCUGUCGUAACACAGGCUGCAGUGUGGCUGCCGAUCCCUGCUGUAAUGUCCUCUACACUCUUGGAUGCGAGGGCACCAAUUGCGGUCAUCGGGCAAACAUCGUCAAGAGAGGCCAAGCUUGCAGCUACCAUGAACACGAAUCGCCCGAAGCGUGGAAAGGUAAGUUCUCUGCCUUGAUACCGAUCGAGGUGAAAGAUGCUAACUAUGUAGCCUGUGCCGGUGACGACUUCCAACAAAGUGUUGACCUGACCUAUCUCAAGGGCACCACUGCUAUUGAUCGUGUGCCUAAAGAAAGAUUCGCCAAGUACUACCAUUCUUGGAGUUCCGAUCCCAUGACCUGGACAUCCUACAGAAAUCCGUGA